AUGGGGGCCGUAUGGCGGUAUGAUGCUGGUGCUGGUGCUGGUACUGCCGUUCGCGCUCGUGUUGCCGCCGUCGCUGCCGCUGCCGCUGCCGUCGUGGAUCAGGACCCGAGAUUCGACCCCAUGCAAGAUGGGAAGGACGAAAGCGAGAGGGAAAAACUUACCUUAAAAUGCAGGGCACAGGUCGCGGUCGCUAGGGGCCAGGGUCCAAAAGAAUACGACGAAGGGGAGGGAGAAUGGCGAGCGGUAGGAAAUCAGGGCAAAACUGAUAGGAGGAGAUCGAACCGGAGAGGAGUCGAUACGGAUGAAAAGGGAAAGGCCCAAGUGGUGGAGGAGCUUGCUUGGCUUUGGCUUGUGCAACUGCUCUGGGAAUCUAAUGUUGCGAGGCAGGAUACGGAUACUCUUGCCGGUGGUCUGUUCCUUGCCACCUGA